AUGUCGUCUUCGGGCAGUAAAAAUGACAGCCAAUCAUCAUCGUCAUCAGGUAUGAAUUUACCUAUAGAAAAUUCUUCAUCGUUAUCAUCGACACAAGUAGCCAACAAUUCUGAUAUUUUAACACAGAUUUUAUUAUGUCUACCUGUGAAAUCUCUAUUGAUCUUCAAAUCAGUAUCCAAAAAUUGGUUCUCUCUAAUUUCUGACUCAUAUUUUGCUAAGAAUUAUACUCUAAGGAACAGCAGUUUCAAAAUCCCUGGGUUGUUCAUAGAGAUAUUAAGACGUCCUUCAGGUCCUCCUGAUGAUCCAGAAUUUGAAUUUCCUUUUGUCUUUCUCAUCAAUAAUGAGCAUAGUAAUACUGUUGGCGGAGGAGUUCCCUUAAAAACCCUAGAUUUUGUGGAAGUUCCUCCGCGAAAUUGGGAAGGUCCCAUUAUUGAAACUAGCCUAAGAAUCAAUCAUUCUUGCAAUGGUCUAUUAUGUUGCACCAGGAUAACAGCCCAGACGAGCAAGCAGCCUUGUCUGGUAACCUACCACAUUUAUGUUUACAAUCCAACUACAAAACAAUCCAAAUCUUUCCCUCCCUCCCCCUUUAGAGAUAUCGUCACUGAUCGUCUUUGGAAUGGAGUUCGUAGUGUAUCCUUAGCUUUUGAUCCAGUCAAGGCUCCAGAUCAUUAUCAAGUUAUCUGCAUCUGGAAAGAUUUAGGGGAAAUAGAACCUGAUCUCUAUAACAUCGAAAUAUAUUCCACUAAAACAAACUCAUGGAGGUUAUCUGCAGCAAGUCCUUUUUCAACACUUCCCCUCAGUUUCUCUAGGCCAGGUGUGUUCUGGCAUAGUUUCUUUAGGUCAGGUGUGUUCUGGAAUGGUUGUCUCCAUUGGAUCUCGACUGGUGAAAACGAGGCGUCAGUGUAUUUUGAUAUCGAACAAGAUUUAGUAAAGCCGCUGCCGUUGCCAGAUGUACCUAAUGAUGAUGUGUGGGUUUUUACGUACAUUGGAGAUUGUAGAAAUCAUUUGUAUCUCGUAGGGUUUCUUGAAUCUUGUCCUAGAGAUUACAACAUCUUUGAGAUGGAAACAGAUUACAGUGGGUGGAAUCUUAUAUACAAGCUCGACCUGGAAAGAAUUAUAAAUGCAUACCCAGAGAUGGUGUUGCAUUUUAACACAGUUGAAUAUCACAUGUUAGUUUUGUUUCUCGGGGAAGCCGAAGAGAAAUCAUCGAAAAAAUUGGUGCUGUUGAUAAAUGCUGCUCAAGUUAUAUCCUAUGAUCUGAAAGAGAUGGCCUAUAAGGAGAUUUAUCAUUUCGAUCCAAAAACUCGUUUCACCAUGUCUCGAGGCUCAGGCACACGGGGUUAUGUUCAUCAGUACAUAGAGUCACUUGCUUGUGUUUGA